CCUUGCCGCGGUGCGCAGUGGGCUCGCAGAGAUGGCGGCGCUCAGCGCGGGCCGGGCGGCGGCGGCGGGGCUCCUGCGUGCCCAGAGCCUCGGGGCAUGGCGGGCACUGGGCACCUCGGCCGCCCUCCUGCAGCAGGCCCAGGCCAAGUCCCACAGGGCUGAGGGGACAUUCCAGGUGACAAUGCUGCCGGGGGACGGCGUGGGCCCGGAGCUCAUGCACGCUGUCAAGGAGGUCUUCAAGGCUGGCAAUGUCCCCGUGAUCUUCGACGAGCACCACCUGAGCGAGGUGCAGAACAUGGCAUCCGAGGAGAAGCUGGACCGGGUGGUGGACUCCAUGAAGGAGAGCAAGGUGGCCAUCAUUGGGAAGAUCCACACACCCAUGGAGUACAAGGGAGACCUGGCGUCCUAUGACAUGAGGCUCAGGAGGAAGCUGGACCUGUUUGCCAACGUGGUGCACGUGAAGAGCCUCUCGGGCUACCAGACCCGGCACAACAACCUGGACCUGGUGAUCAUCCGGGAGCAGACCGAGGGCGAGUACAGCUCCCUGGAGCACGAGAGUGCCAAGGGGGUGAUCGAGUGCCUCAAGAUCAUCACCAGGGCCAAGUCGCAGCGCAUCGCCAAGUUCGCCUUCGACUACGCCACCAAGAAGGGCCGGGCCAAGGUCACAGCUGUGCACAAGGCCAACAUCAUGAAGCUGGGGGACGGGCUGUUCCUGCAGUGCUGUAAGGAGGUGGCCGAGCUCUACCCCAAGAUCAAAUUCGACACCAUGAUCAUCGACAACUGCUGCAUGCAGCUGGUGCAGAAUCCCUACCAGUUUGACGUCCUGGUGAUGCCCAACCUGUACGGGAACAUCGUGGACAACCUGGCUGCGGGGCUGGUGGGCGGCGCGGGCGUCGUGCCCGGCGAGAGCUACAGCGCCGAGUACGCCGUGUUCGAGAUGGGAGCCCGGCACCCCUUCGCCCAGGCCGUGGGCAGGAACAUCGCCAACCCCACGGCCAUGCUGCUCUCGGCCUCCAACAUGCUGCGGCACCUCAACCUGGAAUACCACUCCAACAUGAUCUCGGACGCGGUGAAGAAGGUGAUCAAAGGUGGAAAAGUCCGGACCCGGGACCUGGGCGGUUACUCCACCACUUCCGACUUCGUCAAGUCCGUCAUUGACAACCUGCACCCCAACUAUGGGGCUUAGGCCCCCCCUGCACCCCAACUCUGGGGCUUAGGCCCCCCAGCAGCUCCCCCAGCGCCUCAGCCCCCUCCCCAAACCCCUCCCAGCCCCCCAGGGAGGGUGCCCCAGGAACCCUUCACCCUUCCCCAUCCCCCGCAGGAGGCGACCACUGCGGAGUUUGGGGUGUUCUGGGUGGUUCUGGGGGGAUGGGGCAGCGCCCCUAAGUCAUAGGCAGCUCCUAGGGACAUUGGGACCAGCCACCGUGGUUUUGGGACACUCCAUUCCCAUGGGAUCCCCAUUACUGGAUUAUCAUUCCUGUGGGACCAGUGGGGCUUGUGGGAUCCCUGUGAGAACAGGACCUUGGACUGUGGGACCCCAUUCCCACGGGAUCCCUGUGAAUACAGGACCCCCAUUCCUAUGGGGUCAUUCUGACUGUGGGACCCCAUUCCCACGGGAUCCCUGUGAAUACAGGACCCCCAUUCCUGUGGGGUCAUUCUGACUGUAGGACCAGCAGGAUUUGUGGGAUCCCUGUGAGAACAGGACCCUGGACUGGGGCACCCCAUUCCCACGGGAUCCCUGUAAAUAUGGGACCCCCAUUCCUGUGGGGUCAUUCUGACUGUGGGACCCCAUUCCCAUGGGAUCCCUGUGGAUGUGGGAGCCCCAUUCCUGUGGGACCAGUGUGAUUUUGGGACCCCUGUGACCCCAUUCCCGUGGGACCCAUCCCGUGCAGCUUUCAGCAAUAACCAGGGUGACGUCCCCCGCCCUGCAGCCCCUUGGCAGCUGCUGGCACGGGGUCCCCAUGGCGUGGGGUGACCCUGGCACACUCCAGACGUGGCACAGGGUGGGGAGGUGACCCUGUGCCCCCCAACCCAUGGGAAUGGGGGAGCUGGGAGCCGAUCCCAUAGCGCUGUGCCCGUGGGGCCAGGCCUGGUGCCAGCCCGGGCUCUGGGCCGUGCCAUCGUGUCGUGCUCUGUACUCUGCUUUGCUAAUAAAGGGUCCAACGCUUCCCUGCAGCCCUGCCCUGCCUGGGGGCACCUUUUGGGGUGCUGGGGCUGCUGAGCUGGGGGGGCAAUGGUGGAACCAGAGCCCAAACCAGAAUUUGGGACUCCCCUGAGUCAAACAGGGCAGAGGGGUCACCAGCCCCUGCACGCAUGCCCAAGGCACAGGGACAGUUUUGGGGGGGUGCAGAGGGCUCCAGGGAGCCCGAGCCCCAGUGCCCCAGCCCAGCCUGGGGCCGGGGGGACCCCGCUGCUGCAGGUCCCCCGUUUGU